AUGGCUGCAGAGGAGCCAGUUCAGGGGCCGGUGACCUUCGAGGAGGUGGCUGUGUAUUUCACCAGGGAAGAGUGGGCUCUGCUGGACCCCACUCAGAGAGCUCUCUACAUAGACGUCAUGCAGGAGAACUAUGAAAAUGUGACCUUGCUGGGUGUUGGGAUAGUGAGUGAAAACGAGGAGAAACCCAGUAGGAAGAUGUUGAGCAAGAAAAUCCACACAGGUGAGAAACCUUAUGGAUGCCCUGAGUGUGGAAAAUACUUCAUUCAUAGUUCAUCCCUCAUCUCACAUCAGAGAACCCACACAGGAGAGAGGCCCUACAGGUGCUCUGAGUGCAGGACAUGCUUCAGUUAUAGCUCAGCCCUUACUGUACAUCAGCGAAUCCACAUGGGUGAGAAACCUUAUGGAUGCUCUGAGUGUGGGAAAUGCUUCAUUGAUAGUUCAGCCCUCAUCACACAUCAGCGAAUCAUCUGGGAACACACCAUCCCUCAGAGAAAUACAUACACUGAGUGUGAGAAAAAAUUCACUCGAAGAUCAGCCCUUUUUCGACAUCAGAGAAUCCACACAGGGGAGAGGCCCUAUGGAUGCAGUGAAUGUGGGAAAAGCUUCACUUGCAGAUCAGCCCUUUCUGAACAUCAGAGAAUCCACACAGGGGAGAGGCCCUAUGAAUGCAGUGAGUGUGGGAAAAGCUUCACUAAGAGCUCAGCCCUUUCUGAACAUCAGAGAAUCCACACAGGGGAGAGGCCCUAUGAAUGCAGUGAGUGUGGGGAAAGCUUCACUCAAAGAUCAGGCCUUUCUCAGCAUCAGAGAAUCCACACAGGGGAGAGGCCCUACGAAUGCAGUGAGUGUGGGAAAAGCUUCACUCAAAGAUCAGGCCUUUUUCGCCAUCAGAGUAUCCACACAGGGGAGAGGCCCUAUGAAUGCAGUGAGUGUGGGAAAAGCUUCACUCAAAGAUCAGGCCUUUUUCAGCAUCAGAGAAUCCACACAGGGGAGAGGCCCUACGAAUGCAGUGAGUGUGGGAAAAGCUUCACUCAAAUAUCAGCCCUUUUUCAGCAUCAGAUAAUCCAAACAGGGGAGAGGCCCUACGAAUGCAGUGAGUGUGGGAAAAGCUACCCUCAAAGAUCAGGCCUUUUUCAGCAUCAGAGAAUCCAUGCAGGGGAGAGGCCCUACGAAUGCAGUGAGUGUGGAAAAAGCUUUACUCAAAGCUCAGCCCUUUUUCAGCAUCAGAGAAUCCACACAGGGGAGAGGCCCUACGAAUGCAGCGAGUGUGGGAAAAGCUUCACUCAAAGAUCAGGCCUUUUUCGCCAUCAGAGUAUCCACACAGGGGAGAGGCCCUAUGAAUGCAGCGAGUGUGGAAAAUGCUUCACUAGCAGCUCAGUUCUUUCUAGACAUCAGAGAAUCCACACAGAGGAGAGGCCCUACAAAUGCAGUUAGUGUGGGAAAACCUUCUCUUGGCACUUAGCCCAUGUUAGCCAUCAGAGAAUCUGCAAGGGAGAUCAACAGUAUAAAAACCUCUAG